UCCGGUCCGUGCUCUCGCGGAACACUGUGCCGGGAGCGUGUGCGUGCGCUGGGCCAGUUCGGGGACUGUCACUGCUGAGAACUGGGCUUUUCUUCGGAUCGGAGGUGGCGACUCUUAUACGUUUUGGGCUCGCUGUUUUUGUCUGGCGAUAUAAUUUGCCAGCCAGCGUGCACUUGGGCACAGCCAUCCCUUAACCACGAAGGAAGGUUGUGCCUGGUGUUCUGGGUGACGCUUUUGCAGCCUUCCCCACUUUCCCUCCGGCGUGGGAUCUGACUUGGGGCUCGGAGCCGGAUACCCUCUGCUUGCACCGCACUGGCUUAGGCGGUUCUCAGCGAGGAGCGGUGGUCAGUGCGGGAGGGCCGGGGCGCUGUUCCUGAACAGCCCUGAGACGCUCCAGGACUAAGCCCAGCAGGCUGAUUUCAGAUGCAUGCCAGGUUUCCACUGAUUGCCAGAAUUCGAGAUCACUACACAUGGAUCCCCAAAACCAACAUGGCAGUGGCAGUUCGUUAGUGGUGAUCCAGCAGCCGUCCGUGGAGAGCCGGCAGAGACCAGACUAUGAGAGAGAGCUUCAGCCUGCUGCUAUUUUGUCCUUAGACCAGAUCAAGGCCAUCAGAGGCAGCAAUGAGUACACUGAAGGGCCUUCCGUGGUGAAGAGACCUGCCCCUCGGACAGCGCCAAGGCAAGACAAGCAUGAAAGGACUCAUGAAAUCAUACCAAUCAAUGUGAAUAACAACUACGAGCAUAGACCUACAAGCCACCUGGGACAUGCGGGACUCCCCAGUAAUGCCAGGGGCCCCAUUUUGAGCAGAUCAACCAGCACUGGAAGUGCAGCCAGCUCUGGGAGCAACAGCAGUGCCUCUUCAGAGCAAGGACUGUUAGGAAGGUCCCCACCCACCAGACCAGUCCCUGGGCACAGGUCCGAAAGGGCCAUCCGGACCCAGCCCAAGCAACUGAUUGUGGAUGACUUGAAGGGUUCCUUGAAACAGGACCUGACACAGCACAAGUUCAUCUGUGAACGGUGUGGGAAGUGCAAGUGUGGAGAAUGCACAGCUCCCAGGACCCUGCCAUCCUGCUUGGCCUGUAACCGGCAGUGCCUCUGCUCUGCGGAGAGCAUGGUGGAAUACGGAACGUGCAUGUGCUUGGUCAAGGGCAUCUUCUAUCACUGCUCUAAUGACGACGAAGGAGAUUCUUACUCGGAUAAUCCUUGCUCCUGUUCACAGUCACACUGCUGCUCUAGAUACCUGUGUAUGGGAGCCAUGUCUCUGUUCUUGCCUUGCCUGCUCUGUUAUCCUCCUGCCAAGGGAUGCCUGAAGCUGUGCAGGGGGUGUUAUGACUGGAUCCAUCGGCCAGGGUGCAGAUGUAAGAACUCCAACACUGUCUAUUGUAAGCUGGAGAGCUGCCCCUCCCGGGGUCAGGGUAAACCAUCAUGAUUUUUGGAGGUGGGUUGCACCUCCUGAUCUUCUAGCUUUCAAGUUGUGGCUGUUAAAAAAAGAUCUAUUCGAUACUGGUUUUCUUUCCUUUAGAAUUUCCCCCCCGUUGUUGUCCACCUUCUCUAUCCCUGUUGCCAAGGUUGACUCAUGGAUUGUACUCUUCUCUCACGGAUGGUCUUCAGUAGGAGUGGACUGUGAAACUGCACCUGGCUCCCACUAACGGCCAGAGCCUCUGCCAUCCGCUUGAGAGGGUAGUGACAGCCAGAGGGCGUUUGUGUAGCCUUGUUCAGCAAGCAGCGUCCCUAGGUUGUCCACCUGAGCAGGCGCACACGUUCAGGCGCCAGUGAUAUAGCGUGGUUUUUGACUGGGUAUUGUGGGAGCAGGGAAUUGCUUAAAUAAGCUAUAUAUUCAGUCUGUCUCCAGUUAGGCCUCUCUUCCUAGCCUCGGACCCUUACAUAGCAUGGAGGAUUUAUUUUUGUUAUAACAUAAAAUGUUUCUUUUAACCACUACCCUCUCCUUGGCCCUGGAAAUUCUGUCCCCUCGGUUCUGACAUUAUUCUUAUUCUGAAGAUGCCAAGUGGGUUUUUUUUUUUUUUUUUUGGUUCGUUGUUUUUGUUUUGUUCUGUUUUGUUUCCCCUUUCUGUAUAAUUUUAUUCACUUUACAAUGUAAAUCUUCACAUUGGAGAUAUAUUGGUCGUAUCUUGCUUAUCUUUAUUCUAGUUUUCAUGUGUGUGGAGGACUCAGCUACCUUCCUUCCACACCCCACGCUUGCCACCAAAUGUUUGUUGUCACCGAGGGCACUUGGGUAACUGAAGUUGGUAUUUAGGGCUGAUCC